AUGGAUGAUAAUCCUGAUGCAAAUCAAUGGCGCGACGAAUUAUUUGAAGAAAUUGAGGCCGAGUUGUAUCCUGGUUGUGAUUGGAUAUCUUCUCUUAACUUUUUGGCAAAAUUAUUGCAUUUGAAAGUUAGGGGAAAAAUUCCUAACAACAUAUUUGAUGAAUUACUGAAGUUACUAAAAUUUGCUUUUCCAAAGGAAAAUAAAAUUCCAUCAAACUAUUAUGAUGCCAAGAAAAGAUUGAAAAAAUUAGGAUUGGGGUAUGAGUCAAUUCAUGUGUGCAAGCACAAUUGCUGUUUAUUUUAUAAUGAACAUGCAAAUGAAGAUUCAUGUCCAGUCUGUGGCACUAGUAGAUGGAUAACUUCAGAAAAUUUAGGAGCAAAAAAGGUGCCUCAUAAGGUGAUGCGUUAUUUUCCGUUAAUUCCGCGACUGAAAAGACUGUAUACUUCAAGACAUACGGCGAAAUACAUGGUAUGGCACCACAGUGGUAAAUCAAAAGAUGAGGGUGUGAUGCGACACCCUGUGGAUGGUGCAGCGUGGAAAGACUUUGAUGCCAAACAUCCUGAUUUUGCUAGUGAACCUCGAAAUGUUCGUCUCGGUUUCGCCGAUGGCUUUAAUCCAUUUGGCAAUAUGAGCCAAGCUUACGGUAUGUGGCACGUAGUUUUGGCGAACUAUAAUAUUCCACCUUGGUUAUGUAUGAAAGAUAAUAAUUUUAUGUUGACCAUUCUAAUUCCUGGAGAUAAAUCACCCGGAAUGGACAUAGACAUAUUUUUAAGACCCUUGGUGGAUGAGUUGAAGGAGUUGUGGGUUAACGGAGUAGAUACCAGAGAUUGUCGAACCAACACUGUCUUCAAGUUGCGUGCAGCUCUUUUGUGGACAGUGAAUGAUUUUCCUGCUCGUAGUUAUUUGUCUGGUUGGAGUGGUCAGGGAUAUAAAGCGUGUCCUACUUGCAAUGAAGAUACAUCUUCUAUUCGAGUAAUUGGUAAGACAUCUUACGUGGGUCAUAGAAGAUUUCUGCCAAAUAACCAUCGAAUGAGAAGGGAUACUCAAUUUGACGGACAAAUUGAGAGAAGACCUCCUCCAAGACGUUUUACUUGUGAAGAAGUAUUAGAACAAGUAAACAAACUCCCACCCCACCUCCCUGGAAAUCAUGAGCUCUUUGGUGGUGUGAAACGUAGGCGAGUUGCAGAAAAUCAUAAUUGGCGGAAAAAAGCAUCUUCUACGAGCUUGACUAUUGGUAAUGUUUGUGAUAGUUUAUUGGGCACAAUAUUGGACAAUGAGAAAUCCAAGGACACUACCAAUGCAAGACAUGAUUUAAAGAAGCUAGGCGUCAGAGAAUCGUUGUGGAUUUAUGAAGACGAGAGGGGAAAGUUGUUGAAACCUCAUGCACCUUACGUGCUUAAACCUGAUGACAGGAUCCGAUUUUGUAAAUUUAUUAAGGAUGUGAAAUUUCCCGAUGGCUUUUGUUCGAAUUUGAAAAAAAAAGUAAAUGAAAAUUUAACAAAUGUCAUCGGAUUAAAGUCACACGACUGUCAUGUAAUAAUGCAACGAUUACUGUCUGUUGGUGUUCGCAAGUUUCUCCCGAACGCUAUAUCGACCACCAUCUCUGAACUGUGUAACUUUUUCAGACAAAUUUGUUCAAGGACUAUAAAUGUUAAAGACAUGGAGGUUGCUCAACAAGAUCUUAUUUUAAUCUUGUGUAAAAUGGAGUCCAUAUUUCCUCCUGCAUUUUUUGACAUAAUGAUUCAUUUGGUCCUUCAUUUGCCUGAAGAAGCAAUUUUGGGUGGACCUGUUUUUAUGAGGUGGAUGUAUCCAUUUGAAAGAUACAUGAAAAAAUUGAAGAACUACGUAGGAAAUAAAGCACGUCCUGAAGGGUCGAUAGCAGAAAGUUACGUGAUUGAUGAGGCUUUGACAUUUUGUUCAAUGUAUUUCAAGGGGGUUGAAACAAGGUUUAACCGUCUUGAUCGUAAUGAAGAUGAGGUUGUCCCACGAAAGCUUUCUGUGUUUCAAUCUCAAUGUCGACCCAUCACAAAAGGCAAUCUUCGGCCACUUGAUCGCGCAUCUCGUGAACAAAUAUAUGACUUGCACAAGUCCGGAUCAUUAGACAAUGGCAAAGAGUUGCUAGCUUUAGCAUCCGGGUCUGAUCACUUAGGCACUUACUAUGAAGGUUGUAUUGUGAAUGGAGUUCGAUUUAUGGCUACCAAAAGAGAUGAGAAGAGGAGCACACAAAAUAGUGGAGUGUUUGUGGCAGGAACAGAAGGUUUCAAUUAUUACGGCACACUCACUGAAGUGCUAAAGUUAACCUUCACUGGUGUUUACUCUGUCACAUUAUUUAAGUGCAAGUGGUACAAUACAAAUCCAAGACGGAAGAAGACAAUCGUCGAGAACCUUAUCACUAGUAUUAAUGUCAGUGGUGUAUGGUAUAAAGAUGACCCAUACAUACUUGCUAGUCAAGCAAAGCAAGUGUUUUAUCUCGAUGAUUUAUUGAGAGGGAAAAAUUGGAAAAUAGUUGAGAAUGUAAAUCACCGACAAAUUUGGGAUAUCGUGGAUGAUGAUCCUAACGUCGAAAUUGAUUUGGUACACGACACCAACUCCUCCAAUUUUGUGUUAACAGUAGAUCUUGGGGAGUUAAUUUUGCUACCUAAUCAACCUCCUAUAGACACUGAACCUAGUUCGCCUGUCAACGAAGAUGGCCGCAACGUGGACGACGAAGAUGCUACUGAAGAAUCAGACGAAGAAAUUUUAGUUGACCUUUGUGAAGAUGAUGUGAAUGAUCAUUUAUUUAAUAAUGAUAGUGAUAUGGAUGAUUAA